UCCCUGUCCAUGCAGCAGCAGCCAUGCACAGUCCCUUCGCGGUAGGCUAGCGGCUAUCCGUCGAGGAAGAGGGAGGGAGAGGGGUGUGUCCAAGGGUGCCUCGAUAUCCGACAUGCAUGACCCUCCUGCUGCUAGACUCUGCGGAUGAUGAAGUAGUAUGGCAUGCGCCGUGAUAGAAAAGGGUCGUGGUCGCCCAACCCAGCCUUAUGUUGACUGAAGCCUACUCUAUUGCCUCUCUCUCCUUUCUUUGCGCCCCUUUCUUCUCCUGGUUGCUUUCCCACGUGGUAGAAGAAGCCCGUGUUUUCACUCCCAGCAGACCCCCCCUUAUCAUAUUAUAAUCACCUGCCUCUUCUUGAUCUUGUCUUCUCUCCCUCCUCCCACUUGGGCUAUCGUCUCACCAAAACCUCUCGUCAAGAUGGACACUACAAACACCACGACCCAAUACUCCGCCGAGCGCCCCGCGGGCCAGGAGCAUAUUCCUAUCUAUCCCCGCGGCUUCAUCGGCCUCCGCAUCGCCCAGUCGGUACUCGGCGUCACGACCCUCGGCCUUUCCGCUUUCAUUGUCGCUACCAUCCCCUUUGACGGUGCCGCUUUGAUGUUGUUCGUCGCCAUCGCCACCAUUAUCACCUCCAUUUGGCAUCUCGUCUCCCACUACUCUGCCCCGGCGCUCUACAACUACUGGGCCGUGCUCGCCUUGGAUAUCUUCCUCGUCUUCUUUUGGCUGAUUUCCUUCGCCAUCCUCGCCGACAGGACCGCCUGGGUUUUCAACAUAUUUUCCAACAACUGUAGCUUUGGUGUCUGUUAUCAACCCGCUGGCCUUGAUCUUGCCCUCUCCUCGUGCAUGGCUGCCGCCUCUGCCCUCGGUGGCAUUCAAUUUGCCCUCUUCAUUACCUCCCUUGCCAUCCACGGCAUCGCUCUCCACCGCCACCGCAAGGCCGGCCUGCACUGCAACCCCCUCAAUGGAGCCGCUCCCGCCAUUGCGCCGGCUGUCGUCAGCCCUCAAGACCUGGAGAAAAACGCCGCUGUCUCCGCCGCCGCCGCCCCCGCCGCCGUCCCCGCCGAAGCCUAUGGCACCCCGGCUCCUCAGACCCAGGCCCCCUAUAACCCAGACCUGAAUCGCGCCGCUAGCCCUCCCGCCGGCUACUACCCGCCCGUCGCGCAGCAGCCCCAGCCCUACUCUCCCCACCAGCAGCAGACCCCGCCACCCGCGAGCGACCCCUCUUACUACCAAGCCGUGUCGCCUCCGGGCUCUGUGCAACCCCACGAGGUGCCGGUGCAGCAGGCUUAUCCGCAGCAGCAAUAAGUGAUUCCCUUUCUCUAUAGAAGUCGGUGAGGUCCGAAGAAGAUGCGUGGAGGCGAUGGGGGCACCUAUACUAUAUGUUGGAUUGAUAAGACAAGGGGGUGGGGGGGUAACGCGAGGGAAUGUUAGGUUGAGAGAUAGGUUCGAGUUGCCUUUUACUGCGUGCGAUAUAAUGAGGCCGGGGGACG